UCUCUCUAUCUCCUGUGUCCCAGUUGUUGCACACUACUACCAGCCCCCUGCCUUGUUUGCAGCUCUUGGCCUCUUGCUCCUGCUCCAACUCCAACCUUUCCCCUCCCACCACCCACCCAGACCCCCCCAAACCCAGGCAAGGAACGACGAGCAAGUUGCUUCGGUGGCUUGGAGUGGGCGCUUCGAUCACCGGUCCCCGACGCCCCGGCGUGCGAGUGCAGGAGGGCGCAAUCAUUCGCGCCACCGCAGCAACCAACCUCCUCAGUUCUUGGAUUGGCUCUCGGCGUGCAGGGCCCCUCCAACCGGGAAAGAAACCAAGCAAGAACCCCACCAAUCCCCCCUUCUCUCAUGGCAUGCGAUUGCUGCUGGCUCGAUGAGGCGCUGCUGGCCUCUCUGAAAUCCUGAGCUCACUUACCUCCUGGAUGAGUGGAAGCCUCGGCUGUUUCUUGUGCUUGUUUAUGUGGCUCUAGGCUAGGAACUUCCAGCCCGGAAUAGGGGAGGGGCGAUACACAAUGCCGUCGAUUCUGAAUCACUUAAGCGGCACUUGUUUUGUGCUGUGAGGCGGUGCUUCCUGAAGGUCUUCGGUGGCUUCAGUGGCUGAAGCGGGGGCUGGUCACGGAUGGCUCCGAACGGGGCAGGGGAAUGUGGCGGCGGCUGCCGGCGAGGGAAGGCGGCGCACGCCGGCGCCGGGGCCAUGGCCGGCUUCGUCGUGUGCUUCUUGGUGGUCUGGGCGAUUGGUGGAUGUGGGAGGUCAAGUUCGGGCCGGGUGGCUGACGAGGAGGGGAUGCUGGGGCAGUUCAACCUCAGCAAGAGCCAGCUGCAAGCGUUGGUGUCCAUCCUCUCAUCGGAAGAGAGAGAAUGUAUGGAAAAAUCUGGAUUGAUCCAUGAUGGGAAUCAAGUCAAUAGCAUAUCUAGUAUCCCAAAUACUCUUUGUAUUCAAGAUAAGAUAUCUGAUGGAAAGCAGAAUUGGUUGAAGGAUGCCAUUCUUCAACAAUUCUGCACAGUUAAAGAUAAAUAUGGGGUCAAUAGUCAUGCACCUGCGGUAUUGGAAGAUAAGUUCUUGCAAAAUGUCAUACAAGAAGACAUUAGUUCUACCACACAAGGCCAUCCACAUGAAUGUGACCUAUAUGCUGGAAUCAAUGGCGUGAAUGUGGUCCAUAAUAUAAUGUCAAGUUCCAAGCACACAGUGAUGCUCUGUCUGUCUGCUUUAUUUGGGAGCAUUGUAAUUUCAAUUGUUAAAACUAUUCACAAAAGAAGGAUUCAAUCAAACAAGCUGUGUGCGGAUGAGAAAGUUCUCCAGAUACCAAGUGCUGAAAUAAGUCGGAAGUGGUCCAAGAGAGCUCUGCUUAUUGGUGUCUUGCUUGGGCUUUGUAGCUCUAUAUGCAUAUUUUCAUGCAUGUAUGCAGAUGUUGUUGCUAGGGGAAUUGAGAAUCUUUCUAACAUGUGCGAUGAGAGAGCAAGGAUGCUACAGGAUCAGUUUAAUGUAAGCAUGAACCAUGUGCAUGCUUUGGCUAUAUUAGUCUCAACGUUUCACCAUGGGAAGAAUCAGUCUGCUAUCGAUCAGAAAACAUUUGAGGACUUCACAGCAAGGACAACUUUUGAAAGGCCAUUGAUGAGUGGUGUGGCCUAUGCACUGAAGGUAUUACACAGUGAAAGGGAACAGUUCGAGCAACAACAUGGAUGGAAGAUUAAGAAGAUGGAAGCUGGAGAUCAAUCUCUUGUUCAUGACUAUAAUCCUGAAAAGCUUGAACCAUCACCAGUUCAAGAUGAGUAUGCACCUGUUAUUUUCUCCCAGGAAACUGUGAAGCAUAUCAUAUCUGUAGAUAUGAUGUCUGGGAAGGAAGAUCAUGAUAAUAUAUUACGUUCCCGGGCAACAGGUAAGGGGGCUUUAACGUCCCCUUUUAAGCUUCUGAAGUCUAAUCAUCUUGGUGUGGUGCUUACGUUCACCGUGUAUAAAUAUGAUCUUCCUCCAAAUGCGACACCAGAGGAGCGUAUUCAUGCUACAAUGGGUUAUCUUGGUGCCUCAUUUGAUGUUCCUUCUCUGGUGGAUAAACUCCUAGAGCAACUCGCUAGCAAACAAAAGAUAGUUGUUAAGUUAUAUGACACCACAAAUCAUACAUCCCCUAUUAAAAUGUAUGGUUCUGAUUUCAGUUCAUCUGGUGAUCUGCAGCACAUUAGUAACAUUGAUUUUGGUGACCCAACACGCAAACAUGAAAUGCAUUGCAGAUUCAAGCAUGAACCCCCACUGCCAUGGUCUGCCAUAACAAUAUCGACAGCUGUAGCUAUAAUUGUUUUGCUUGUUGGUCAUAUAAUUUAUGCAACUCUGAACUCCCUUGAAACGGCUGAACAUGAUUAUAGGGUAAUGAGAGAACUAAAAGGACAAGCUGAAGCUGCGGAUGUUGCAAAGUCUCAGUUUCUAGCAACGGUUUCCCAUGAGAUUCGGACUCCAAUGAAUGGUGUUCUAGGUAUGUUGCAGAUGCUAAUGGACACCGAACUUGAUACAACUCAGCAGGAUUUUGUUAUUACUGCUCAAGAAAGUGGAAAGGCAUUGAUAAACUUGAUAAAUGAAGUCCUUGAUCUGGCUAAGAUAGAGUCAGGAAGGAUUGAGUUGGAAGCAGUGCCUUUUGAUAUCCGUGAUAUUCUUGAUAACGUGGUAUCUCUAUUCUAUGAAAAAUCACAGGUUAAAGGCAUAGAGCUGGCCGUGCUUGUAUCUGAUCAGGUUCCAGAUGUUCUAAUUGGGGAUCCAUGGAGGUUUCGGCAAAUCAUUACAAAUCUUGUGGGGAAUUCUAUGAAGUUUACUGAGCGAGGCCAUAUCUUCGUUCAAGUGCAUUUGGUCGAGGAAGUAAAGAGGGCAGGAAACAUUUUUUAUGACGUUUCUGCUCAGAACAGAGAGGUUUUGGAUGAUCACGACAACAUGAUAUGGAACACACUAAGUGGGCUUGAAGUAGCAGAUAGCUGGAAGUCGUUUGACAAUUUUAGGAUGUUCAAACAUUCAAGUGGUGAAACAGAUAGAAUUAACUUAGUUGUCAGAGUUGAGGACACUGGCAUAGGAAUAACAAAGGAUGCUCAACUGCGUAUUUUUACACCUUUCAUGCAAGCUGACAGUUCCACCUCACGGACAUAUGGUGGAACUGGAAUUGGCUUGAGUAUUACAAAACGUUUGGUUGAAUUGAUGGGUGGAGAAAUAGGGUUUACGAGUAAAUCAGGAGUUGGCAGUACAUUUUCUUUUACUGCCAUUUUCAACGAGAACAGAAAAAGUCCUGGUGAUAUUAAAAGAUAUUAUUUCGAACCUACUCCAUCAGGUUUUCAAGGAAUGAGGGCUCUUAUUAUUGAUGGAAGGAAUGCACGUGCAAAUAUUACUGUAUACCAUCUGCAGAGACUUGGAAUACAGUGCAAUCUUGUUGCCACAUCUGAAUCUGCAUUCUCAAUGCUGCUAGAAGCCUGCACCUCAAGCAAAAGCAAUCCGAACAUGGUCCUUGUUGAUACAGAAGCUUGGGGUAAUGGUUCAGGUUUUGCAUUUUGUCGUCAUCUUGUAGAUCUUCAACUAAAGGGCUCACACAAGUCUUCUCAACCCGUGCCAAAGAUUUUUCUUUUGGGAAACUCAAUAAGCCCUGCAGAGUCUGAUUAUUUGAGGUUGACAGGAUGUGGUGAUUGCAUAAGGAAACCCCUCCGCCUUAGUACUAUUGCUGCAUGUCUUCGCAAAACCUUAGGGAUUGGGGUUACAAGGCCACACAGUAGAGAUCAGUCUUUGGUUCUUCGUAGUGUACUAACUGGAAAACAGAUUCUGGUUGUGGAUGAUAAUGCAGUCAAUCGUAAAGUUGCAGCUGGUUCUUUGAAGAAAUAUGGAGCUGUAGUUACAUGUGUCGACAGUGGAAAUGAUGCAAUUGAUAUGCUCAAGCCACCUCACACAUUUGAUGCUUGCUUCAUGGAUGUUCAGAUGCCUGAAAUGGAUGGGUUUGAGGCUACGAGAUUAAUCCGAUCCAUAGAGAAAAAAAUCAAUGAUAUGAUCCAGAUGGGUGAAGUAUCAGCUGAUAAUUAUGGAAAUAAGGCCCAUUAUUGGCAUGUACCGAUUUUGGCCAUGACAGCAGAUGUAAUCCAAGCGACCUUUGAAAAAUGUAUGGAAUGUGGAAUGGAUGGAUAUGUGUCAAAGCCAUUUGACGAACAGCAACUCUACUCUGCUGUUGCUCAUUUCUUAGAGACUGAUACAACAGAUCCAACUCCAUAGGAGAUAUAAGGCCAGUUUGGAUUGAACCCUGUGAGAAGUUGCCUUCGCCAGGAAGCACUCCCAGGAGUUUGAUUCCAAAUGCCUGGCAAUGGAUCGACCGGCCUGGGCGAGCACUCCCAGGCCAGGGUGACAGGGUGCCAUCCAAACAGCUCAGUACUGGCCUGUGGCUUCAACACUGAUCCAAGUUCUGCCAAAAGAGUGAAAGGUCCUUUUAAAGGUCAACAGAUCCUGAAAAAAGCAGUGAGCUACGAAGUGCUAAGUCCAGAUUCGACUGAGCUGCAUUUUAUCUGGUGUUUUAGAGGAAAACCAAGUUACAGCAUGCUUCAACAUUGAGUUCAAUGACAUCACCCCAUCCCUUAUACGAGAAUGCGAGGGUCUUCAAACCUUUUCGGCAUAGAUCACAGAGGUCGGUUUCACCACGUCAAGCACACUAUUCCAAGGCGUGUUGUAUGGCUUAAUGCAAACUGUUCAGAGCCAACUGCAGGUUGGAAAAUACGGAUUGUUGUAUUGUAUUCAUCAAUUUUGUGUGGGUUAGUAGGUCUGUAAAUAUUCUUCUGUACAGUAGCAAUUAAUGAUUGAUUGUAUUAUUAGUAUUGUUGCGCUUGCACACUUGCGCUUGGGUUCUUGUAUAUAAAUAUCUCAGUAUAAGUAUCCAGUCAUGAUUACUAGGAGAAUUGAUCAUUAGGAUCGUCUAAGGCUUAGCAAAAGAUGAUGCCCCUACACUACCUUUAUACAAAGGGUUUUGUAUUUCUUUACC